AUGAAAUAUUACACAGGUGAUAAAGGCAAAGGUUUGAGGCUCAGACAAGACGAGUUCUUUCACCCCACAGAGGUGGAAACAGACAAGAUCACAGAACAAGGCAGUCGCUCUGUUCCGUUGGUCAGGACCUCCACACACCCGUCUUCUCCCUUCAGCACCCUCACCCACACCUCUCUGGCUCUGAUUGCUUUGGCAGCCACAGGACAUCCGUCAGAACACCUGCUAGAGCCUGCACCCAUUCCCUUCCGCCGUGCUAAAGGGUCAGCCACGUGUCCCUGCACCCUCUAA